AUGACUACACGCAGGGAUGUCCUGGUUGCUAAAAUGCAGCAAUUACAGAAAGAACUGAAAACAGCCGAAGAAUUGAACAAAAGACUCCUUCAAGAACAGGAAGAGAGUGCAGAGCAAUUUGAGCAAGUUGUUAGAAUAAACACAACCCUCAAGUCUCAGCUCGCUAACCAGGAUGUUGAGUUCGAAGACAUGCAGGGGCAGCGGGAUGAACUUCAAGCUGCCGUUGAUCAGUUCAAGAAUUGUCAGGAGAUACAUGAGCAGGCAUUACAACGCAUCCAGGACUUAGAACAGCAGCUGGAGGAGUCAGAAACAAAACAUAGUUGCAAGUAUUGCUCCGGCCACUCCGGACUGCGAGACAAUAAUUUAAGUAUUUUUGCUGAAAUUAAUAGCUUUGAUGUAGAUUCAGUCGAUGAUAGCAUAGGGUUCUCCCCAAUGCUGCGCGGCGACUCCGAGCCCGCCCCUCGCGUCGCGGAUCCGGCGCCCCCGCCGCCAUCGUCACCGCCGAGCCGAGCCGAGCAGGUUCCAUCGGGGCCGGGCCGAGCCGAGCCGACUCCGUCGCUGCCGUGCCUCGUCGAGCCGGCCCCUUCACCGCCGAGCCUUGUCAAGCUGGCUCUGUCGCUGCUGACCUACGUCGAGCCUGCGCCAUCCCCGCCGAGCCCUGUCUCGCCAGCUCCAUCGCCGCCAGGCCUCCCCUCGCCAGCACCAGCGCCGCCCCGCCUCGGGUCUGGGGCGGCCCCGCCGCCGCCGCCGCGCCGCCCGCGCGCCGCCGGCCGCCGCACGCUGCUGUACUCGGACGAGGUGGGCGCCGGCCUGGGCGUGCUGCUGGCGCAGCGCUUGUCGCAGGGCGUCGUCAACCACUGUCACCCGGGCGCCUCUGUCGAUCGUUUGAUCGAAUCUAUUUCUGCGGGCGAGUUUGACCGCGACUCGACGCUUUAUCCAAUAGUGUGCGGUGCAACCUGUCGACAUCCUCUAAUCAAUGGCGCCUCAUUUGUCCCCACUCACAAAGGCGGCCCCUCGAACUUGAAGCCUGGAAACAAUGGCCACAUCUAG